AUGGAAGGUGAACCUUCUAAAAGGCUUAGACGCACCAAAUCAUUCGCCCACUGUCAUAGACCUAGGUCCCCAUCCCCAUCACCUCCACCUAGGACUCCAUUACCUCCAUCUAGGUCCCCAUCACCACAACCAAAUCCGGCUCAUGGUGGUGUCGUGUGUCUUGGCCCAAUUCAAGAGGGCAAAUUUGAGUCAUUCCUUCAGUGGGGUCAUGUCACCCAAAAGUUUGCGCAUGUGCCAUCCCUUAAAGAGUUGCACAUUUAUAAACAAGUCCAAACCCUGUUUCACAACAUAGGGUGGCACGGGUUAUUGAGGGUCCACGAACUGAGUUACAAAGUCCCAACAACCGAGUUUCUAUCCUCAGUUUAUUUGGACCAUGGGAUCCUCUACUUCCAUCUCAUGAAUCAAGAUUAUGAGAUUUCCUUAAAUCAAAUUAAUGCCAUUGUUGGGGCCCCAACCGAAAACACAUUUGGCCCUACUGACCCAAUUAGAGGAUACUUUGAUAUGACAGGAUAG